AUGCAGCCACGCAAAGAGCCGGGCCCUCCCUUGGAGCUGCUCCCGUGGACUGCGGUCGCGUGCGCGGCGUGCGCUGUCUUCUCGGCGGGCUUGCUCACUGCAGCCUACCGCGAUGGCGGCAUCAGUGAGGCGUGGCCUUCGGGCGAAGACACAGCAGCCGUCCGACACCACGCUGCUUCGGCAGUGAUGCUUGUCUUCUCCGCCUUUGUGCUGGAGAUCGGCUUCCUGCUUACAGGAGUUCUCUUCGGCCGGACCAACGACCAAGACCUUAGUGGCCGGAUGGGGAACUACAGAGUGAUGGACUCGUUGCUCACGCUCUUUGAGUACAGCCUCAAGUUGGCGGGUGGGAUCUGCAUCUGGAAGCUCGACGGCUUCGUGCACACGGAUCUCUGGGCCGUCGGUGGCCCGCGGCCGGUGUACUUCCUGCGGUUCCUGCAGUGGUCCAUAGCUGUCCCUGUCUUGAUCCUGAUCUCGAAUCGCGCGUUUUUGGCCCAGCUCGGUUUUCGAGCGACGCUGCUACGCUCUUUGCCCUCCCUGGUGGCCGUGUUCCUCUCCGUUUGGUUGUCGUGGGUGAUGGAGGUGACGACAGUGUACGCCUGGAGGUGGCCCUGCAUGUUCGUCAGCGGUUUCUGCUUCGUAGUGGCGGAGGUGGAUCAGCUGUGCGACCGUGCUACUUUUGGCGUGCAAAGUUGUGCGGUUGAAUCGCACGGCCAUCCGGAGCGAGCCCAGGCGGAUGAGUCUGUUCUAGAACAGAGCGACCACCGGCAGUGCCGGCACGUGGAGCUCUACGGCCUAAAGCGGUGCAUGGUGGUCUACCAGCGCCUCAGGCUGCUUUGCUUCUCCUUCUACACGGGCGUCUUCAUGCUCGGCCGCUUCGGGCUCAUUGGCCUGCAGCAGGAGCAGUACAUCUACGCGUACUGCGACUCUACCGUCAAGGUCUUGCAGGGCGCUAUUUUGGCGCUGAUCCGCGGCUGCGAAGAUGCAAAGACGAUCCACGUUUGGUAUGCAGAGGCUGUCGCGUACAAGAAGGACUUCGAUGCCAUCCUGAAGCUGGCGCACGUGCCGAUCUUUACCAUGCGAACGGACUUGUACUUCCCGGCGAAGAACUGGUAG